GUCCACGUGGUAGAAGGCUGUGGCGGGAUGCAGUUUUAUAAAUAUAUUAUGUAUUGUUGUGAAAGUGUGAUAUGGAUACUAGAAUGGUUUUGAUAUUUAGAAGCGAGAAACGUCUUUUAAGCUAUAUCCUUAAUGCAUAAAUAUAAAAAUGAAUGAUCGAAAAACGUCAAAUAGUUUUAAAAGCUAUGUCGGAUUUGAAGAUGAUUUCCAAUCACUGCACCCAGGUGGUGAAGAUAGUAUCACAGAGCUGAACCCAAGACUAUUGCCUGGUGAGGUUGUGAUUGCUGAAGCCCAGAAUGUAUUGCUGUUUGCUCCUGUUAGUGAACAGAAGCAGGGCAAAUCAGGAAGUUUGUGGGUUACGAACUUCAAGUUGACCUUCGUUACUACAGAAGAAAGGCCAAAAGAGGAAUCUAUACAGCAACAAAACUUACUGCUGGGAGGAAAUGAAGUGUGCCUGUCAAACGUGGAUGCGGUUUACCAGCUGAUGGGGGACAAGAAACGUCGCCUCAUGCCAGGCAGUAAUGUAUCUGUGAAAGUCAGCGGCCUUCAUAUUUUGUGCAAAAACAUGAAGGUGCUGUCAUUCAGCUUCAAGUUCUCACCUGUAGGGCAUGGAAAGACCAUAACCAAUGCACUGCUACACCACGCUUUUCCAAGGAGACACAGCCUACUGUUUGCCUAUGAUUACAGAGAACCAUACUAUAAUUUCCAGCGAGAAGUAUGUUCCUUCCGGGGCCUGGCUGACUGGGAACGAGAGCUGUCAAGAACUGGUUGCCAGGGUUGGAGGCUAUCAGCAGUGAAUCAAAAUUUUCAGCUUUCCACAAGUUUACCUCAGUGGUUGGUAGUGCCACAAGCACUAUUGGACUGGCAGCUCGGUGAUGCAGCAAGGCAUUUUCGAGGAUGUAGGCCCCCUGUUUGGUGCUGGGGAACGUCACAAGGAGCAGCCCUUGUACGCAUGGCAGAUAUUGAUCCCACUAUUACUGAGAGAGUAAAAGAAAAUGUGAUGUUGGAGAAUGUGAGGAAGUCGCAUCCUCACCUAAAACAGCCAGUGCUGCAUGACUUGAGCAAAGACUUCCCAACCCCAAGAGAUGUACAGCUCAGCUACACCAAACUCCGGAAACUGUGUGCACCAGAAAGUCUUCAGCAGUUUUGGAUUCAAGAUAAUCGUUUCUUCUCUCUGCUUGAGGACAGUCAGUGGCUUCAUAUUGUAUCAGCAUGUUUACGUAAAGCCAUCGAAGCUGCAGGUGCCAUCCAGGAAGACUUAACAGUAGUGCUACAGGAGGGUGACGGACGGGACAUGUGUUGCAUUGUGGCAAGUCUAUUGCAAGUUUUGUUGGAUCCAUAUUGGCGUUCAUUACGUGGCUUCCAAACACUCGUUCAGAAAGAAUGGGUAGCUCUCGGUCAUCCGUUUUGCACUCGCUUGGCCCACGUGCUCAGCGUCGAGUCUAAACAGUUACAGUCACCAGAAUUUCUGGCUUUCUUGGACUGCAUGUGGCAGCUUCUCCAGCAGUUUCCAUCUGCAUUUGAGUUUACAGAAACGUAUCUCACCACUCUUUGGGAUUCAGCACACAUUUCUGUUUUUGAUACUUUCCUGUUUGAUUGUGAACGUGAUCGAACCCUCGCUGCUACUGAUCAAAAUAACCCUCUUAUGUUAAGAAGCGUUUGGGACUGGGGGGAGCAGUUCCCAGAAGAAGACAUUGCAUUAUUCACCAACCCACUAUAUGAAGCCUGUAGUCCGUCACAGCCAAAGGAAUUGAGAGCACAAGGUGGAUUACCCUCAUUGAGCCUCUGGAGACAGUGUUACUUCCGAUGGCUACCAUUCUUGGAGAUCCCUGGGGGUGGGCAGGCACAGAUAGAUCUUCAGCAUCGGCAGUUGUCUGCAGAAAUGGCAGCCCUGCAACGGGGUGAAAGUGUACCCGAACAGACUCUUACUCAAGUUGGCUCCUUCUUCCCAUUCAGCCAUGGCAUCACUCAACCUGGGGCUCUCCUUGCUAGUUCUUUAACACUCAAUAGAAGUUUCCUGCCAGGAGAGGCUUUCCUUGACUCCCAGUCAUUACUGAAUUCUCCUGACUGAAACAAUGGAGAAGCAGAUGUAGCAUGUGAAUAGAAAAAGCAAUUAAGACAGGUCAUUUAAAUAUCUUCCUAAGGAGUUACCUUAGUUAUGUCAAGGAAAGAAACACCAUCUAAGGACUAUUGUAUUAGGAAUAUUGUAAUUCAGUGUCAUAUUGUGUGUGAACAACUUAUUAUUGGCUCUGUCACCACAGUUUGUAUAUAAACUUUAUAUAUUAUUUUACAACAUGUUUCGGCUAUUUAUGGCCAUCAUCAGGUAAAAUAUUUACACUCACACUCUCCUUUUCUGCUGUAUUCCCCUACAUUGGCCAGUGUUUACAUUUGGGGAGGUCGUACAUGUUAUUUGCCAUUGCAAUGCCAACAUAUAUCAUCCAAACAGGAGGUGAAACUGAUAGCAGUGUAGUGCUUUGUGAUAAUACUUAUGAGGACAUACCUAGCCUACCACUUUUUACUCAUUUAAAAUAAGGCUACAAUAUUUUUCACCAGCUGAGAAACAGUUUUCAAAAUGAGCCCAUAAAAGACCAGUACUAGAAGUCAUGGUGCUGUUAUAUUCAAUAUAUGAAUUCUCUGUUGCACUGAAAAGGAGUUCAAGGUCUUAAGACUUGUGCUGUUGACGCUGUAAUUCACUGAGAAAUGCAGCACAUAAAUCUGUGAACAUUAAUUCUACUUAAAGCAACAUCAACUUAGGAUCGUAUGUAAAAUUAGUGUCUUUAUUUAUUCAGUUAAAUUUUAGAUCAUAAUUGUGUUUGGAAUGAGACAUUAAUGUAUUUAUAAAACUAUACUGAUACUUUAUAUACUGCUCUUCUCUAGCAUACAUCUCUCACUUUGAAACGCCAUACUUCUGUCACCAGCCUUUGUAUCUUUUGGGAUGUAGUCUGGCACAAUGUUACCAGCAUUUCGGAGGAACUUGCUGCCUUCAUCUUAAAGGUUGAAGAGUAAGCUACACAUGAAAGAAAAAAGCGGUGUGGAUAGUGGUAGAGGGAAAACAUGGCUGGAGCCAUGGUCCUAUCUUCCCAAUCCAAAUAUCCAUACCACCUCUUCCCCACACUCGCCUUACUCUUCAGCACUAGAGAUGGAGGCAGUGGGUUGCUCUGAAAUAUUUCUACUUAUCUACCAGACUACACAGCAUCAUAUCUCCAAAAAAAAGUAAUCUUCAUGAUCACUGUCAUGAGAACAUCACUUGAAAUGCAGCAAGUCUACAUCUUUAGGUCUGAGAGUCUCAUUGUUAUGUGGUUUAAUAUACUCUGGCUCUUAAAGCUCUGCUCUGUUGUUAAAAAAUGGAAUCUGUGUCACAGAACUUUGUAUAGGAGAAGGAUCCAGUCUCUGGUUUAUUUGCAUGACUUGCUCUCAUUCAAAAAAAGUAAUUGUAUAAAGGACCAUUUCUCAGGGAAAUAAAAAUGUGUAAGUAGGGCCAAGAUACGAGCAUUAUGCAAGCCAUAUAGUAAUUUCUGAGUUCAGACACACAGCAGAGAAUAAUAUAUGGUAUUCCGUUUAAGUAUUUUAAAAAUAUUUCAGGUCAGCACCGCAAUUCUUUGGAGAUGACAUUCAAGAAUGUAUUAGUUUUCUACUUUUUGUUUGGAGCAAGCUUUUUAAUAUUGGUAAUUGAUUGAUUUUCUGUUGUGUCUUUACUGGUGGCUCUGUAAUUUCACUUUGUCAACAAAAUGAACCUGAACAGAGGUGUAUUACUGUUGCUGGUGAGGUGCUUUGUGUCCACUUAAAUAGUACCCAGCAUUUCAUCAGUCAUAUACCAUAGUCCCAUCAAGCCACAAAAGUACAAGUUAUGCAUUAUUUAAACCAGUGUUUUUUUUUUUUGACAGUACGCAAUGGUACAGCAGCAUACUGGCACUUUUAUUGAUGGUGACAUAUCAGAUGCAUAGUGGUGGUGAGGGGGUCUACUACCAUCAUUAGAAACAGUAUCGAUUCAGGUCCAUGACUUUCGAAACCCUGCAUCCCAAGAGGAGUGCCAAGUUCAUCAGUUUUAUUUUUUUAUUUCUAAGAUAAACAGUUCUACUGAACACGGAACUUAUUUCAUUCUGAACAUGAUUUAUGGCAAUUCAGUAGGUUCUAAGCACAGUGUAACACAAAAUGUGCAACUGGUCAAUCUUUCAUGCUUUCUUAUGGCCAUUUCAGAUUCCUUCCUUGUUUUUUUACAUAUCUUAUUGUUUUAUUUAUCUAUAACUUUUAUUUUAUUUUUAAAUAUAUUUAUGAAUGAUUUCUUAAUAAAAACACAUUCUUGUUGAGCUGGCAUUUGUAUCUGAUGCUGAUGACAAUUUUGGGUUGAAAAUGUUAUGAAAUACAAUGCUAUCAAGGACCAUUUACCUCAAGAAAUUUCAAAUUAUAUACUUGCUACAACACGGAAAUAAAAUUUAAUAGAAAGAA